AUGCGAUUUUUGCAUAUAACUAUAAGUUAUUCAAUUACAACGAAGAAUGUAAUAAAAAUGGUAAAACGCGUUGCAAUCGAUACGAUGCGCAUAAAAAUUCCUUCUCAUUACAUAAAAUGCGCAUUCGAUUACGUGACGAAUCAGGAAAAACGUGUCUCUGAUCUUGGCCGAAUGUGCUGGAAAUAGUAAUUGCAUUUUUGUACCAAUGUAAACUUUUUGAACAUAGGUCAAAUUAUAAAUAAUUACAUUGUGAAAAGAAUACGAAACGAUGUUGCACAAAUCGAUCGAACUGUUUACGCUACAUUGGUAUAUUAUGAUCACAACAAAAUGCCACAUACAGACUUGCAAAAAACAUUACCCUGCGAUCAAUCGCCAAGAAGGCAUGGUCAUCAUUUACUUGUGUAAUAUUCUUUAUUUUAUGAAAAAUGGCAUCGUACUUUGCACGUGUAGGAAUUUAAAUUCCUUUGUUAUUUAUCAAAAGAAUAUUAUCAUCUAAAAUCAUACAAAUUGAUUCAAAGAACACCGCUUACAUCAAUUGAUUGAUCGCGUUGAUUUUAAUCUGAAUAGGUAGCGUAAUGUUCACAUUGACAUCCUGUUUAGUAAAGUUUAGACAGACAAUUUUUACAUACUUGAAUGAAGUUAUUAUAACCAAUUUCAAAAACCAGGAGGUUCUUGUUUCGUCUGGAUGUUUUUUAUUUAUUUGUUACUUCAUAACACAGGAGUGUCGAGAGGUCCGAUAAAGUCUUCAUGGCCAGGUGGUCCGAUAAGGUAUUCAUAACCAGGAGGUCCGAUAGUCUUCAUAAGCAGGAGGUCUGAUAAUGUCUUCAUAAUCAGGAGGUCCGAUAAAGUCAUCGUAACCAGGAGGUCGGAUAAAGUCUUCAUAACCAGGAGGUCCGAUAAAGUCUUCUUAACCAGGAGGUCCGAUAAAAUCAGUGUGUGCUCUUUCUUGUUUUAUCCCUCAAGUUCAGUGUCAGGUUUUUUUAUAUGACGUCAUACAGUUCGUCAGCGAUAUCAUAAUAUCUGCCUAUUUAUUAAUAACUGAUGAUACCACAAACACAUUGAAUCAUGUUCCUGAUACAAUUCAACAAAGAUUUUGAUACUAAGCAUUUAAAGUUACGUGCAUCCAACCACGUUUCGAACAGAGAUAACAAAAUGCACUUCAUGUUUUUAGUUAAUUUGCACUAAUAGUUAUUAAUAACAUUGUUUUGUCACGUAUUACCAAGUCUAUGAUGUCAUAUGAUUACGAUAAAGUUUUUGAUUCAUCAAACGGUGAUAAUCAGCUACAGUUCGUCCUUUAGCUUCUAACAUUUUAUUAGGCGUAUUGUUGGACGUUAUUUAAAAAUAAAUAGAUUUAUUGACUAAGACAAUCUAUAUGCCAUUGGAAAUAUUCUAAUUAUGCGUCUCAUCUUAAGCGUGAUUUAUAUGAAUUGUUACACAAAGGACAUUGGACAUUGUGCAAGAAAGUAAUGAGAUUAAAUGUAGACAAAAGUAGAGAGUAUGAAUUGAGUGUGUGAUGGAAAAUAUGCGUAAAGGAGUAAAUUCAGAUUUGCUGACAAUAAGAAAUGUAUAGAAGAGUAGUUGUGCCGACCCUUCGAAGGGAAAAAUGCAGACACAUGAUUAUUAUACUAAGAAAAAUAUAAUUAUAAUUGCUAAGUAAUACUCGAUGUUGUAAGAUUUAAAACUAUGGGCACUUAUUUCUUUACUUUUUAAGUUAAAAUAUUUUUACAAAAUAUGGUGUUACAAAGUAUCGUCUAGAAACAAUUAUGUUACGUAAGAACUGAUUUUAUCGACAUAAAUGAUUACUUAUAAAGAUCGGAACGAUAUCUAAUUUCACGCCUACAAGAUUGAGGUGACUCCUUCGAUCACAAUUGGACCAUGCAUUUACUUUCAUGCAUAACCAAUUAUCCAGUAUGAUUAUAUAAGAAAGAAAUGAGCAGUUUGUAGUGCAGUUUAAAUGCAUUUUUAUGACCAGCGGUGGUCACAAAAGUCCAUCAUCGAAGUGCAGUCACUGUAGUUUAGUUAACGUAGAUUUAUAGAGAAAAUUGCAGUUGUAAUCAAUUCGCUGCGUUGAUUAUCAAAACAUUAAUCACCGCACAUUGAUAACGCUAAUCAGUAUGAAUUGUAUGUGAGCGAACAUUUUUCCAGUUCUAGUUGGGAUCUCGACACAAACAUACACGGACAGUUUAUCAUAGUAAAUUGAUUAGUUUUUAAUUACACAUUUCGUUGAAGUAGGUGCUCACCGGUAGGACGUAGAAUUUCUAAUAGUUAAAACGUGUGAUACAAUGAACUGAUAUAUUUAAGUGUUUUAUUUGUAAAUAUCUUGUGCAAUGGGAAAUACUAAAUCAAAGAAAGUUCAAAAAGAACCUGACAAGUUUUUCGAACGGGAAAGAUGGAAGGAGCAGAAGAGAGAAGAAAAGAAGAAGAAAUACGUGAACCCUUCGAAUAAACGGAUAGGUGUGAAAGAGGCACCGUUAAGCCCUGCAAGUGCCUUGACUGCGCCCGCGCCGGUCCCGCCGCCGGCGCCUGCGCCCGCCAACAUCCGUUCUUAUGACGACGAGGCGAUAGACCGCAUGCGCCAACAGUUACACAACGACUCGGAUGCUUUUCUUCUAAACAACAUUCUAAUGUGUGUUCAGUUCUUUGAGAACUAUGAGAGGGAAGUUUAUCACGUCAAAAACAACCCAAUUAAUGAGCGAGAGCAUACAAUGGACGAGGAAAUGGUGCGUAGACACAAACAUGUGUUCUUCGCGGAUCGUCUCCAGGAAUGCGUUCAAGAGCACAUUAGUUACCAAAGAAGAAGAGAUCACAGUGAACCUCUGAUAGCGCCCAGGCUGUUCAUUAUUUAUGAUAAUGUUGAAGCUAGCGAGCCGGGGGACACUUCGGAUUACUGCGCGGUUUUGGAUGCACCUUUUUAUAAGCUUCGCAUUGAAGAUUGCAAGGAAUCAGGAUUCGUUAAACUCAAGAAACUAGAAGUACUAGAAAGUAGUCUCUCCAAAGAAAAUGAAGCAAUGCAACAACAGCAAAACCAUUCAGAUACAUGCAGCAUUUACACCGACUCGGAAAAAGAAUCAAACGAUUCUGACGAUUCCCCUUACGUAAGUAAAGGCGAAGUUUUGUUGCAAAAUAUAAAGCUCAAGAUAAAUGAAGUACAAGGAGAUGGUUAUCAAAUAAAACCAGAUAACUUAAACUUACAUAUGAACGCACAGGAAAUAACAGGAAGGCGUCCCAGCGGACCAAUGAAACAAGUUAGCGUGCAAGUCCAAAAGAAUAACAUUUCAAACAUAGAUUUGAUUAGGAAAGGUACGUCAAGAUUACCAGAAAAUGAAAUUUAUAAUGAGGACCUAAGUACUAUUGAGGAUAUAGACAAUAAUAGGCCUAGAAAAUCAAUUUUGAAAAAUGGCAGAAGAGGAAGCGAUACUAACAAUGAUCUCAAAAGUAAAACUCGCUUUGGCGAUAAUCGGGCUAUGUCAGCAGAUAACGUAGCAGCCGAUGACACUGAGACUUCGGGCUACCGAUCUAAUUCUAGCAGUCGACAUAAUGAAUCAAGUGAAACGGAUUCCGAUUACGGUUAUUCAACAAUAACGGAAUCUACUACACCUAAAAAGGUGGAACUAAGUUUGCAACCGAAAUUUACUACUUCUGGAGUUCUACCCGAGGAAUGCUGGAUUUCAGUAGAUUUGCGAACACUCGAUUGGAGUGAUGAAGAAGAUGAAGUUGCUACGAAUUCAUCUAGGCUAUCCUUAAGUAGAAAUUUGUUUGAAACACAUCAUUACCUAAGUUCGGUUAACUUUAUGAAUAAUUUUGUUGAUAACUUUAUUGUCAGUUUAGGCUCAGGUCUUGGGUUCUCACAGGAAGCCAUUAAUAACGCUUUGACGCAAGGAGCAAGUAUAUAUUGUGAUGUUGCUAAAAACGGUUCUAAGCUGAGUUACGAAGUAUUUCCAGCUCUGUUAGCGGCUUGGCCAAACGCAGCAAAUCAAUGGAUCAUACGGGAAAGAAAAAUAAUUCAAAAUCCCCGAACUAAUUUCAGCUACCAAUGGCCAACUAAAUAUAUGGUCCGAAAGGCAAUAGGAUUCGGAUGUUUGCUUGUGCCGAUUGGAUUUAGACCGAAAAGAGGAGUCAAUCCCGACCAAAAGUUGCAAUGGAGAAUUACAUUUCCAGCGGCCGAACGUUAUUUAGAAAGUUGUUUGGCUCAUUCACACAUGCGGUGUUAUUUAUUUGCACUUGCCUUACAUAAAACUUUUAUAGAGAACGAGACCUCUAAAAUAGGAAUAGAUGCAAACCAUAUCAAAAACCAUCUAUUUUGGCAAUGCGAAGAUAAUUACGCCAAAUGGCCCGAAGAUAGACUUGGAGAGUCGUUGAGGUUAUUUUUACGCAGUUUCUAUGUUCAUUUUGGACAAUCCAGAUUUCCAAAUUACUUUAUCGAAAACUGUAAUGACUUUAAAAGCAUCCCGAAACCUUUAUUACUGAAGUCGCAAAGAAAAUUAGCAGAUAUAUUGGAAUCUCCCGUUAUGCAUUUGCUCAAUGCGCUUGAUAAACUAAGAUAUAAUAAAAAGGAGUUUUAUCCAACGUUUAAUGUGCGCCGACUUUACGAAAUUUUAACUUGCAAAAAUCCUUUGCAUAUUUUAAAUCCAAAUAUACCUGAAACAAUUCCUCAUUACAAUGACAGUUCAGACAGUGACGACGAUCACAGCAAUUUUUGGGACAAAGCUAAAGCGCAUGAUAAACAUUAUCAAUGGAAGAAGGAACGACAGCGGCAACUGAAAGAAAGGCGGAAGGCAAAUGUAAAUAACAAAAAGAGAAGUGGAAAUAAAGACGAACGAGAAAUAAACAAAAGCAUAAUACUGCCAGCUAAAAUGCAGCCCGAACGUCGACGUCUAGUUCUAGAGUUCUUCAUUCCACAUUUUAUUGCGAUGGCGCGCUCCAGUGAGAAAUUCGAAGCGAUAAAACAAGCUGUAAUUUAUUUGGAACAAGCUCAAAGACUUUGUCGUUUGCUGUUGGAAGAACCAGCUGGAGAUGUUACGGCUAAUGAAUAUCUUGAUGUGAUUCGAGAAAAGUUAAUAGAUUGUCAGAGAAAAUUAGCAAAACAGGUUGGCUACAAGCUACCACCACGAGUCGAGAGUUACUCUGACAGAUCCAAUAAUUCACAUUUAAUUCGUAAACAUCGACCUAAAUAUGAACACAUGAUCAAUCAAGAUUCACCGUGUGAUAAUCCCAGUAUUGCUCCUUUCACUUUUGUUGAUGUUCAUGUUGAAAAUGGAAAAAAUAAGGAUGUCAAGAAAUUAAAGGUUGCUGUAGAUCCUGAGGAAUCUAAAUUAUGAUUGGAAUUAUAAGUCGUUAAAAUUUAAUGUACAUAAGUCUCUGUAUAUAAUCUGUAAUUAUUAUUUUCUAUAUUUAUAAAAAAUUGAUAUAAUAUUUUUAAAAAGUUGAAAGUUUGGACCUUAUUUAUGACUGGUUAAAAAUAUCGCUUUAAUAUUGAGGUUUACAAUUUCAAGAAUCUCGUUUUUAUGUUUAAGUAAUUGUUGGUAAAAUAAUACUUUAAAAGUUAAAUAUUCAUUAAAAUAAAAUUAAG